AAAGGAUCUGAGGCCAGCUAUACCCCAACUGAGAAAGAGAUACUGGCAGCCUGUGAAGGGGUUCGAGCUGCUUCGGAAGUGAUUGGCACUGAAGCACAGCUCCUCCUGGCACCCCGGUUGCCCGUGCUGGGCUGGAUGUUCAAAGGCAGGGUCUCCUCUACACAUCAUGCAACUGAUGCUACAUGGAGUAAAUGGGCUGCACUAAUUACACAACGAACUCAAAUAGGAAAUCCCAGUCGUCCAGGCAUUCUAGAAGUCAUCAUGGACUGGCCAGAGGGCAAAGAUUUUGGAAUGUCACCAAAGGAGGAGGUGGUGGUGCGUGCUGAAGAGGCCCCACCAUAUAAUAAACUGUCAGAAAGUGAAAAGCAGUAUGCCUUGUUUACUGAUGGGUCCUGCCGUAUUGUGGGAAAGCAUCGGAGAUGGAAGGCAGCUGUAUGGAGUCCUGGACGACAAGUUGCAGAAACUGCUGAAGGAGAGGGUGAAUCGAGUCAGUUUGCCGAGGUGAAAGCCAUCCAGCUGGCCCUGGACAUUGCUGAGCGAGAAAAGUGGCCAGUACUUUACCUCUAUACUGACUCAUGGAUGGUGGCAAAUGCCCUGUGGGGGUGGUUGAAGCAAUGGAAGCAGAGCAACUGGUAACGCAGAGGUAAACCCAUCUGGGCUGCUGCACUGUGUAAAGAUAUUGCUGCCAGGGUGCAGAACCUGGUGGUGAAGGUACGUCAUGUAUAUGCCCAUGUACCCAAGAGUCAGGCCACUGAGGAACACCAGA